AUGCCUGACCACGACAUGGACCUUGAAAAUAACCCCGCCGCGGCCGCGCCCGCCGAUUCUGGAGCUGAAGCCGGAACUGUCCCUGAGCCUAGAGUCACGGUUGCAGCAGAAGUGGCAGCAGCAGCGCUCCCACCACCAGCACCACAAGCACCACCACAAGCAGCGACAGUACCACCAUCGUCUUCAGGCCCAAAGCCCAACGCCAGCCCCAGUGGCAGUGGAACACAGGCACCUCCCGUCUUCGCUACCGCGGCCUCGAUUGCCAGACCGAACGUUUCCUCCUCCUCUGUUUCCCAGUCUCAUCCCCAACCCCACGCUCACGCACCCCAACUCGCCGCCCCAGCGCCAACACACGGUCAAGGUCACGAGCUUCCUUUCGUCACACCCUCCUCCUACCUUCGCCCCAAGCCCGCCCCUUCGGCGGCCGCUGCGCGCACAGAAAUGACGGCGAAACCCCUAAGCCCGCUCGAUAAGGAGCAGAUGCAGGGCCUGAGAGCCAUUCGGGAGUUCCUCAAGGUCCGAACCAGUUACGACGUCCUGCCCUUGUCCUUCCGAUUGAUCGUGCUCGACAACGACCUCCUCAUCAAGAAGAGCCUGAAUAUCCUCAUCCAGAACUAUAUCGAGAAGGCCAUCGGCGUGUCGCCACUAGAGACUGUCUCGGUCAACCCUAUGCGCCCCCUAUACGAGGCAUGCCGCCGCAUGCUGAAGACGAAGGCCCGCCGAAUCCCCCUUGUAGACCUUGACGACGAAACGAGGAGGGAAACUGUUGUUAGUGUCAUAACCCAGUACCGAAUCCUCAAGUUUAUCGCCGUCAACAACGAACACAACACAGUCAUGCUGAAGAAGGCGGUCAGAGAUGUCGGCCUGGGUACCUGGGGCCACCUCGCAACGGCACACAUGAGCACCUCCGUCCUCGACGUCGUGUCCCUCAUGGUCAAACAUGACAUAUCGUGCGUUCCUCUGGUUGACAAACAUAAUCGACUACUCAAUGUCUUCGAGGCGGUCGACAUCAUUCCCUGCAUCAAGGGAGGAGCAUACGACGACCUGUCUUCCAGUGUCGGUGAGGCACUCUGCAAGCGACCGGACGAUUUCCCGGGUAUCUACACCUGCGGCCCCGAAGACCGGCUGGACUCCAUUUUUGACACGGUGCGCAAGUCGAGAGUGCAUCGCCUCAUAGUGGUGGACGAUGAGAAUCGAUUGGUAGGCAUCAUCUCCCUAUCCGACAUCCUCAAGUACGUCCUCCUUCACGGAGAGGAGGACGACUUGAGGUAG